AUGGCUCCUCCUGCAGAGGAGCACCCAAGUCAGGUGGCCCACAACCAGCAGCUCCAAGAACCCGGCGCCCUCUCUGGCUUCUACAGUCAUACCCCGUCACGCGCUUCUUGUAGCUCCAGCGCCCCCGCCCCGCGAGGCCCUGCGGGUGGCCCUGGGGCCCAGCCGCUCCGCUUCCUCUUCCUGCCCACGGGGUGGGGGCGGGGCGGGCACCUGCCGUUCGCAGGCCCGCCGCAACCAUCGGGCUGCAGAAGACCGCCUAGUCUCCGGCCCCGCGCCCACCGAUCCGCGGGGAGCCAGAUCCGCGAUCUGCCGCGCCGGCCGUGGGCUCGGGAAAGCGCACAGCGCACUACUUGUCGCGGAGGGAUCCGGCUCCCGCGGUUACCUGUCCUCCACUCGGAGCCGACCUCGGCCCAAGGGCCCGCAAGUCCGCUUCACGGAGAAGUAGUACAGGUUCGGAUCCGCGCUGCAGACCUCACAAUGGCGCGGGCUUCCAGCCACUGUCACGCAGCCUCCCGUACACUUAUUCGCCCAGAGCUUCACUGCCUAGGGAACUGCGGCGGGGCCCUUCUCCCACUCGCUCAUUCAGAUGAUGAGAACGUCCCCGCACGACUCCAUGACGCUGUUUUAACAAUGCACAACUCUGCGCUUCCAAACUGCACACACUUAAAGGUGCCCACUGAUGCCAGAAGAAAGAAUUGGAUCUGCUGGAGUUAAUUCCUGACUGUUGUGAGCCAGCUGUGGGUGCUGGCAAGUGAUCUUGUGUCCUUGGAAGAAGCAACAAAUCCUCUUAACCCAGGAGACAGCCUCCUGGCGACCCCUCCCUUUUGUUUUUAAUUUCCAAGAUGUUGAAGUCUUUUACUCCUGAAGGCCUUUGAUUCUUCCAUCUUCUUGGGAACAGAACCCAGAACUUGCCCAUGCUCAGCACAUCUGGUCAUUCUUUACUGCUGGUUAAUACUACGCAGACUAUACAGCUACAAAGGUCUUCCUUCAACAAACAAACCUUGAUAUUGGCAAUAAGCAAAGUCAACACCAUCAAAACAUGAGUAUGAACUGCUGUCAUUAUGUCACGGACUGGGGACUUAGCCCAUAGGUAUUACAAUAGGAAGUAAUGUUAAAGUUAAAACUUAAAAAAUACAGUGCAGUCAUUUUGUUAUAUUAGGAUAUGUUAUCACAUCUUUAAUGGAGAGUAGAAAAAAUAUUUUAUUUUCUUUUUAAGGACAGGGCUAUAUGGGUGUAGUGGCAAAUGCCAUUAGUCUUAGUGCUUGGGGGGUCCAGCCUGGUAUUCAUAGCCAGUUCUAGGCCAGCCAAGGCUACAUAGUGAGAC